UUAUUCUAUUUGGAUUUUUUUUCUCUUUUGAUUAAUUUUGGUUAAUUUUAUUUUCUUUUCUCUCUCUUAAAUCAUCCCUUUUGUUUUGUUAAUUAAUUGUUGUUUAAUUGUUUCUUUUAUCUUGUUUUAUCUGUGAAUAUCUAUAAGCUAAGUGUUGAAACAAUUAGAUUAUAUUGAAGAAGUAAAAAUAAAACAAAAUGGAGACUGUUAAGUCACCAUUGAGAGCAAACUAUUGUCGACUCCCUGUCAAGUCAAGAGCUGAGAGAUUGUUUGAUCAAAUUUGUACUACUAAAACAACUUUUGCUGAUCUAUCAAAUAGUAUUGAUCUUCAUCGUGGUAAAACAGUUGCUGAUUAUUCAAAGAAAAAAAGACGGUCAACUUGUGUCCAACCUAAAAGUAAAACUAUCGAAAGUAGUUUUGACAGUAGUAGUAUUGAUUCAAGUGUUUCCAGUGAUGAAACUUUUAUUGAAGUAAAGUGUAAACCUAAAAGGAAAGCUCAAUUUGCUACUUACGCUGGAACCAGAAAAAAGAAAACUUGUAUUCGGAAAAAAGAUGCUCUUCAGUGUACCAAAGAGUCUGUUCUAGAUGCUUUCUUAAAAGCUGGUCUACCAGAUUAUGAGGCAAUCGCGGCAUUACCACUGAAUGUUGUUGUAAUGGAUUCAAAUAAUAAAUCGGAAGAAGAGAAAAAUUCAAAACAAUCGGAUCACAUCAGUAGAAGACAAAUUGUAAAACCAUUUAUUCCAUUAUUGAAGAAAAUUGACUCAGUUUCACGAGAUAAUAGUUUAUUAAAAGACAAUAAUCCUGUUAUUAAUGUGGAAUCACCAUCUCAUGAUAAUCUUGUUGACGAUAUUUCUAUCGAUUCAGAUGCUGAAACUGUUAUCGAUGAAAGUCAAUCAAGUCUAACAGAAAACAAAGGAGUCAGCACACCGAUACAAAACUCUAAACGCACUUCACCUCCUAGAUUUGAUCUCUCUGUUAUACCAUCAGCUAAAUUUAUAGAAACUUCUACCACCCAAGAUGUAACAGCAACACCGAAAGGACCUCCACCAGCCAAGAAGAAACCUUGGAAUGUUGUUGAUCGAAGAGGAACCGAUCUCUUACCACCACAUCCAGUUGUCUUUGAUGAUGAACCUAACGUCAUAUCAAAUGACUCAAUUGAAGUUUCAAAUGAUCAACCUUUAGAUUGGUCUAAUGUUCACAGUGUAGCUGAAAUGGAUGAAUCUGUUUUCAGUGUUUUCAGUCAAAAUUCUAUCAAACAGUUCAACAAAGAAAUUCGUGACUCUAUCCAGAUUUAUAAAUCAAGUCAACCUCCUCGCGAAGAGCAGGAUCGAUCACUUAGAUUUUAUCGACGUAGCAUUGUAGAGACAGCCAAUACUCUUCAUGCUUUAGGAAAAUCUUGCCGAACAAUUAUUCGAGAAUCACCACCAAUUGGACCAAGAAAAUCAACCCGUAAAAGAAGGAAUACAAUCUUAGAGAAUCCAGCCCGUAGUUUUCUGGUUGCAUUCGAUAAAACUUUUGUAGAAGAUGAAGACAAACAACUACCAAUCACCUCGAAAGACAAAGUUUUAUCUCUUUGCAAUCCUCCUAACAUAACAUCAUUUAGCAAUGCUUUGGAUGGCGAUUUAAUAAGAUCAAUGGUUAAAAUUGGUGAAGGAUCAUACGGUGAAGUUUUCAAAUCUAAAACCAAAGAGGAUCAAGAAGUUGUCGUCAAAGUUGUUCCUUUAGUUGCAAACACUACAACUGAAGACGAAAAGUGGACACAAAUACUUCCAGAACUUGUAAUCUCUUUAACUUUCGGUGAUUUAAGAAUAGGCAAACGCAAUAGAACACCAAAUUUCAUCAAUACCUUACGAGCUUCUUGUACCUAUGGACGUUGGCCGAGAGAACUGAUUUAUGCUUGGGAAAAAUAUCAUAAAGAAAAAGAAAGUGAAAAUAUGCACCCUGACAAAUAUGGACCAAGAAACAAUUGGCUUAUAAUACUCUUAAACAAUGGAGGAGUCGAACUGGAUAACUAUCAAUUCAAUUCUGCUUCUCAAGCUCUAAGUGUUAUUUUACAAACAACCAUUUCACUUGCUGCUGCCGAAGAAGAGUUUGAAUUUGAACAUAGAGAUCUUCAUACUGGAAACGUGUUGAUUAUGCCAUGUACCGAAUCUCAUCUUGACUACAAAGUGAACAACAAAAACAUCAAACUUCCUUCAAUGAAUCUUAAAGUUUCCGUUAUUGAUUUCACAUUGGCGAGGAUGGCAAAAGAUGGAUACAUUGUUUAUGAUGAUCUAUCCAAAUAUGAAGAGAUCUUCACCGGAGAGGGCGAUUAUCAAUUCGAAAUUUAUCGGCUUAUGCGUAAAGCGAACGGAAAUGAUUGGAAAAGUUUCACUCCUUAUACCAACAUUCUCUGGAUUCAUUAUCUUUCAACGAAAUUGGCUAUCGCUAAAAAGUAUAAAUCGAAAAGUAAAGCUAAUCAAGGGGCUAUGAAGGCUCUCAAAAGUCUCAAAGAUAAUCUUCUCAACUAUAAUUCAGCUCAACAAUUUGUUCAAAGUUCAUAUUUUAACACAAUGAUUUCCAAACUUCCCUAAAGAUGAACAACAGUUGGACAACAAGAUUAAACGAUUGAGUUAUUAAUAUUAAUUGUAACCCUUUGAAAUCAAAGUAAUUGAACUGAUACCAAAUACCUGAGAAAUGGUGUCUUCUUGUAUAUAAAACUAAUUGUCAACUAGAAUUAUCAUUCAUUGGACAGAUCAACCAACCAUCAGAUUUAUCAGUCAAUCGUUGAUCUAAAAUCUCAUCAACCGAAUAGAAUCAAUCAAAAUUUACAACUUUAAAAAUUGAUCAUCGACAAUAAUAAGGAAAAGAGUGAAAAGGAUUUUAUUUACUUUUAUUAUAAGAAAUAGCAACCAAAAAAGAAAAGAUAAUUGUACUUUUUUACAUCUUUUAACAAUCUACACACCAGAUUAAGAGACCAAUUGGAAUCAACAAUCAUUUCUAAUUGUAAACAAAUUUUACACUCUUAUUAUUUAAAAACAGGAGCAGUUACAGUUGUAAAAAUACUGAUCUUUAAUUAUGAUGAAAAUCCUGUAAGUAAUAACAUUUAUUAAUUUUCAGUUUCCAAAAAAAAAAUAAACUAAUCAUAAUUGAAUAUUUGCAAAAAAA